AUUGCAUAGUUCAAGCUGGAAACGUCAGCACUCUAAAUAGAAAUGUCUUGAGAAGCACAAGAGAAGUGCGGAAUUCUCCAUCUAUACAGUAUUUGUUACUUUGUAAUUGCAUAUUAAGAUAUAAACUUCUAUUUAUAUUUGCAAGAAUAGAAUCAAAUAUAAUAAUGUCAUCUGAGCCAAUAUUAAAUCCCCCUAUUCCUUAUGUGGGAUCUAUUGAAGGAGGUUUAAAACCUGGAAAAAUGGUAAAAAUUCAAGGCAAAGUUUCUCCUGAUGCUGUACGUUUUGCUAUAAAUUAUCAACUAGGACCUAAUUUAAACCCAAGAGAUGAUAUAGCUAUUCAUGUUUCACCACGCUUUCCAGAAGGAUUUAUUACUAGAAAUCAUAUAGAAUCAAUGACUUGGGGUAUAGAAGAAAAUGAAGGUCCUAUGUUGAUACAGCCUGGUCAAGAAUUUGAAAUUCUUCUUUUAUGUGAUCAUAAAUGUUAUAAAAUUGCCAUAAAUGGCAGACAUUUUACAGAAUUUAAUCAUCGAUUAUCAUAUGAUAAAGUGACACAUUUGGUUAUUGAUGGUGAUGUAGAAAUACAAUCCAUCUCAUAUGAAAUUGUUCCUAUAGAUCCACCUAGUUCUCCUAAAAUAUUAUCUACACCAGAUGUACCUAUUGCUAACUUUGGCCCACCACCUCCUGGUGGAUUAUAUCCUACAAUACAAGGUGGAUAUGGUCCACCUCCAGGUCCUGGUUAUGGUCCACCACCUCCUGGUCCUGGUUAUGGUCCAUCACCUCCAGGUCCUGGUUAUGGUCCUCCACCUAAUGCAUAUGGAGGUUUUCCUCCAAAAUCAUAUGGAUAUCAGCCUGGAUAUGAAAAGCCUGAAGAAGAAGAUGCAUUUAGUGGUUGUUUGGAUAAAGUAGGCCUUGCAUUAGGAGGAUUAGUUGCUGCAGGAGGUAUAGCAGCUGCUGCACAUGCUAUAAAUAAAAAAAAAGAUGAAGUUGAAAAAGAUCAAGAAAAGUCUGAUGCUUCUAAAUCAAAAACAGAAAGUGAAAGUGGCUUAGGAAAUCUUGGGUCUCUGGGUGCAGCUUUAGCAAGCAGUUUAGUGACCAAUGCUUUAAGUAAUUCGCAUGCACAACAAGGUUAUCCCUCCCAACAAUCAAGUGGUGGUGUAUUAGAUUCUAUUCUUGGAGCAUUAGGUGGAAGUAGUGGAAAUAAUACAGCACCACCUCCAACUCAGCCAAGUGAUCCAUUGACAGGAGCUUUAGGAUCUAUUAUUGGUGGUGUUUUUGGUAAUGAUGGAAAUCAAAAAUCAAAUUAUCAACCUUCAGGAGGUUAUGGAAAUUAUCAACCUUCUGGUGGAUAUUCUAACCAACAAUCAAAUUCAGGUUCAGAUCUUUUAUCUGGAAUAGGAUCAGCAAUUGGCUCUUCUUUGCUUAGUUCAGCUUUAGGAGGUCUUACAAAACAUGGUAAAGAUAAAUCUCAUGAAGAUAAUCAUUCAACUCCCCCAUCAACUUACACAUCAAAUUCUAUGAAACCUUCUGAUAAUUCUGCAAAUAAUUCUUCUUCAGGACAUAAUCUAACAGCAGAAGAAAUUUCAAAAGGCCUAGGUUUGGAUGACUAAAGUAAGUUUGAAUAUAAAUUCAUAUAUAAUGAAAGUUAUGCUCUCUUAUUGUUAUUUAAUAUAAAAUGAAUUCUAUUAUAAAUAUUACUAACUGAAAUAUGUGCACAAUAUGUUAGGAAUGUUUAAUGCAAAAGGCAGCUAAGUAUAUUUUUGGCAUAAAAUAUUUUAGUAAAUAAUAACAAGAAAUACAAUUGCUUGAAUCUCACAUUAACAAAAUUAAUAUUUUUGUAAAUAUAAGAUUAUUUAUUUAAAAUAAAUCCGCUCCAUUUAUGUUUU